AUGGAGCCGAAUAGCAGCAGCGGAGAUGAGUUUUUUGAUGCCUGCGAAACAGAAGACCAGAUAGAUUUAUAUCAAAGAUCCUGCACAGUUCAAUAUAAAGCAGAGGCGGUUUCAAUAAAAACUGAUUUCCAAACUAGUUCAUUUGAAAAUAGCCCAACUCAUAUAGCGAGAUCGUACACCGAAGCAGUCCCUCCUCUACCUCGUGCUCAUGCAAUGCCAGUAGAAAAUAAAUCAGUAUUCAUUUAGCGUAUAACUAGCUUCGCGAAUAUAAUGGUGCUAAUUUUAAAUCCAAAUUAUUUUAGAAUAUCAUCGUUAGCUAAUUCAUUAAGAUGCUUUAUUAUUGGCUCAUUUAUUUUCCAAAUGAUUCACACUUGUCAAAUAUUUUUCGAAAUGCAAUUUUUAACCCUUCAUGGAUAGAGGCCCAACUCUUUCCUUUGAUAAAGUCUGCAGUGAUAUUUGAACUGUCUAUUACAUUUUUCUCGAUACUGAAGGCUGUUUAGGGGUAUGAGAUAUACAUGACUUUGAGAUAGAAAAACCGAAAGAUCAGCCUGUAGUUUUGCUCGAGCACAAUGGCGACUAUAAAGUAUUGAUCAUGUAGAUCACAAAAAAAGAAUUUAAUGAAUUCAAUAAUUUGCAACUUUUAAAAUUAAUCAAUUAAAUUUGUUAAGAUCCUUCGAUUAACGUCCACUAUCAGGUUGCUUGCUGCCACAGCUGCCUUCAACAACGCUAAUGUGCAUUCGCGCCAUCUUCCUCCGGCCCGCCAAAGUGUGGUCACCUUGACUUUGAUUCAUAAUGAAUACGCUGGUCUUGAAGUUUGGACCUCGAUGACUAUUCUUUGAGCUCAGGUUAACUUCUUAGGUCACUAGGUAUCCUAAAGUCCCAGGAGGCAGGUUGCACCCUUCUGGAAAAUUCUAUUGGAGUCCGGUAGGAAAAGCCAACGGUGUCCUUACUUCCCUGACAUAGCUGGAAUAAUUUUACCAAAAAAAAACAAAAUAAUUAAAAUAUGCACGAGAUAAAUUAUCGGUUGAUAGACCAGAAAAUUUGAACGAUGCCAUAUUUUUAAUUAUCAUUUGCAGCUUUUACAAGAGAUUGAACUUCCUCACAGAGAAAAUAAUGUGAUUUGCAUAUUAAAAUUCAGCUAUGAUUCCCGAAAACUCACUGUUGGUGGAAGCAAUGGGAGAAUUAUAAUUUUCGAUGUAAAUCUUUCAGCUGGAGGUGCUAUUUCUAGCGUCCCCUCACACAUAUUGAAUGAGCAUAAUGGCCCAGUCACCGAUAUUAGCUGAAGCCGACAAAACAAUCUAUUGUCUUCUUCUGCAGAUGGAACAGUAAAAUUGUGAUCUUCAAGUCAAGACAGCUCAAUUGAUACGAUUCAACUUCCAUGCGAAGUGAGUGCAGUCACAUUUAACCCUAUUGAUUCAAAUUAUUUUGUCACUGCUUCUGGAGAUUUAAUUAUUCGGCUAUUUAGGUUUCCAGAUAAAAUAAUAGAAGGGUUUUACCAAGCUCCAGGAGAAAUUACUUCAAUUUGUUAUUCACCGUCAGGUGAAUUCUUAGCAGUUGGUAUUGAUAAAGGGCAGGUUGUUCUAUAUCAAGGAAGAUCUGACCACAAGCUAAGACUAGGAACUACCUUAAUAUGUAGAAAUCGAAGAGGACUUCUAUCGGGUGGAAAAAGAGUUACAGGACUAGAAUUUAUGGAUGAGGAACAUCUGUGUGUGACUACCAAUGAUUCAAAUAUUCGGCUAUAUAGAUAUAAAGAUAACUUAUUACUGCAAAAAUACAAAGGCACUGAAAAUAUCAAAUUUCCUAUUAGAUCAAGUUUAUCAGAAGACGGAGAGCAUCUUCUUUGUGGGUCUGAAAAAGGGAGAAUCUUUAUAUGAAAUACUAAUAGAUCAUGCGAUUCUCCUGGAAAAAAUAACUCCCAUGAAAGCUUUUGUCCUAGGAAAAAGAAGUGCCCUGAAUAUGCAGUUUUUGCUCCAAUUAAGAUAGUGAAUAUGGUACAAAAAGGAAUUUCAAAUGAAUCAACCGAAAUUAAGCAUGUAAUUUUUACGAUUGGCUCGAAGCAAAAUAUUAGAGUUUUUGCUAAUCAAUCAAAGUUAAAUAAUAGCUAG